AUGACUGAAGAUAGUUGCAGCUUAGUGUCCAAGAAAACCCGUCUUGCGUUGUGUGAUAUGACUAAUGUUCCAAGCAAGAGAGGAAUUUCGUCGAUUUUGAGUGAUUUGCUUUUGAAAUCUGGAGAUGAUACCGGUAAGACCGUUGCUCGUGAAGGCUCCGGGGUUAAGUUUUCGAAGAGGUUGUGUUUAGUUGUAGACGACUUGGUCAAGGAGAGUACUAGGACUAGUGAUACAAACGAAGGUUCUUCUUCUGAUGAUAAGAAUAGUUCAGGUGAUGGUGAUUCUGAAAAUUUCGAUGUAAAAGAAUCUCAGGGUGAAACCAAUGCAGUAGAGAAUGGUGUUCAGCAUUCGAAAGGUGAAGAAGAUGGUAAAGAUUCUGUGGUGGAACUUAGUCAGAGAGAGUGUGAGAAGGACUCGAGCAUGACUGUAUUUGCAAGUCAAACCGAUGCUACUACUGGUGAAGAGUUAGCUAUGACUGUGAAUUCUCAGCCUAGCAACUCUUUUAGUAUCAGUAGGUGUUCAACUGUUGGCGGUAUGGGGAUUGUAAAUCACGAUAUGGAAGCCGAUGAUGAGCUUAGAUCUUGCUCUUGUUCUUUUUGCCUGAAAGCUGCAUAUAUCUGGUCAGAUCUUCACUACCAGGAUAUCAAAAGUCGAUUAUCUGUUUUGAAGAAGAGCCAGAAAGAAGCUAAUAGCUUGAUCCAAAGGAAUGGUAAAGAAAAGCCAACGGAUAUUCAUGGAUCUGAAAACUCAAAUAACUCGACAAAUUCAGAAUCCGAUCUCAUGGGUCAAUUGACAUCUCUCUUUCUUAACAUGGAGGGUAUCUUGGCUCGUGAAAGCAGCCACCUUCAGAAUAGCUUCGUAUCGGUGAAAGAGUUGAGAGAAAAUUGCAAGAUUGAUCUGGAGAAAGCGGCAAAAACUCCUCAACACAACAACACCUAG